CCGCCAUUUUUGGUUUUUCUGAACGCAUUUAUAACGAGAGAAUACGUUCUCAAACAUGGCUGAAUAUCAGUACAAUGUUUUAGUGAAAUUCAGCGUUAUUAAACAUUAAAAAAGAUAUUAAAAAAAUAAUUAAAUUAAUAAUUGUAAUAUUAAUAAUUGUGAAAAAUGACAUCGAUACAUUUUGUCGUGCAUCCAUUACCAGGAACCGAUGAACAACUCAAUGAUAGACUCAAAGAAGUUGCUGAUAAAAUUAACAAAUAUGGUUUUGUUACACCAGCAGCAUUUAAUGCAAUAAAAACAUCAGUUAGACGUAUUGUUGUUGGACCAUCACAUAUUGCACUAUUGCUAGAUGACAAUAGAAUUUGUCGUGUUGCAUUUACUGUUUUAUCUGAUCGUUUAGAUUUGAGUAAAAAUGAACCCAACAGAAACUCGGGUAAAGGACAUGGAAUGGGAAAUACAAAUACAGCACCAAGCGGUAGUGGAGGUGGUGGAGGUGGUGGUGCUGGUGGAGGAGGUGGUGGAGGAGGUAGUAGUGGUGGAAGUCGAACAAAUAUAUCACGUUCACGAGCAAGAAUAAUGCGUAGCAGUUCAGCAAUACGUGGUGGUGGUAGUGGUAGUGGUUCAGGUGGUAGAAUUGGACCACCAGGUGUUAUUAUGGGAGGUGGUAAUUCUGGUGUUGGUGGUGGUAGUAGUGCUAGUGCAAAUGGUAGUAGUGGAUCACGUCCAAUAGUAUCAGUACCAGCACCAUUUGUACCAGAAGAUUUAAUAACACAAGCACAAGUUGUAUUACAAGGAAAAAGUAGAAAUCUUAUAAUACGUGAAUUACAAAGAACAAAUUUAGAUGUUAAUCUUGCUGUUAAUAAUUUAUUAUCACGUGAUGAUGAAGAAGGUGAUGAUGCUGAAGAUGCUGCUGAUAGUUAUGUACCAGAAGAUUUAAUAUCAUUACUUGAUGGUGGUUUUAGUAAUGAACAUUCAGUUAUAAUUGAUGCUGAUUCAAUGUUUUCAGAGGAUAUGUUUGGUUAUGGAGUUAUGAGAAAUCGUAGUGGUUCAUCAAGAAGACUUGGUAUUGAACGUGAUGCCGGUGGUGGUAGUGGUAGUGCUGGUGGUGGUGGUAGUGGUAGUGGUACUGGUGCUGGUGGUGCAAGUAGUGGUGGUGGUAGUGGUGCAAAUAAUAGUGGUGAACGUUCCGGUGAACGUGAACGUGAUCGUGAUAGUUUUUCACGUUGGAGAGAUCGUCAAUAUCUUGGUCCACGUAGAUGGCUUGAAUCAGCAUUAAAAGAUUGUUGGGAAAAAGAUCCAGAAAAUAAAAAAAAAGAACUUGCAUCACAAAGUCCAUUAUGGAUAUCUGAAGAAUUAGAAUGGUGGCAUGAAAGAACAUCUGAACCAGCACCAAAAUUUAUACAUAUUGCAGCAUUAUAUAGUGAAUUAAUAGCUGUAUCAACAACUGGACAAAUAUAUCAAUGGAGAUGGUCUGAUUCAGAGCCAUAUAGAUGUAUUGAUAAUACAAAUAUACAUCAUCCAAAAACAAUAACACUUGGUCUUAUUGGUGAAAAAAUAAUAAAUAUAUCAGCAACAGCAAUACGUUGUUCAGUUAGUACAGAAAGUGGUAAAGUUGCAACAUGGCUAGAUGAAACACUUGGUCAUAUUGCAUCACGUCUUGAACAUCCAGCACAAGCAUUUACUGAAUUUACACUUGAUAGAAUUGUAUCAUUACAUACAUGUGCAUUAUAUACUGUUGCUAAACUUGAAAGUGGUACAUUAUAUUGGUGGGGUGUAUUACCAUUUGCACAACGUAAAAAAUUAUGGGAAAAAUAUAAAGCUAAAUCACGUAAACAUCGUGCAUCAACAAAUAUUGUAACAACACCAAUUAAUAAUGAUGAUAUAACAUAUGGUACACAUGUUUGUAUGAAAAAUAGUCCAAUAUAUCAACCAGGUGCUAUUGGUUUUACAAUAUCAAAUGGUGUACCAAAAGUUGGACAAUUAUUAUCAGCAGCAUGGAAUUUAGAUUCAACAUGUCGUUUUAAAAUAUUACCAGCAUCAACAUUACAACAGCAACAACAACAACAACAACAAACGACAACUACAAAUGAUAGUAAUAAAAGACAUGAAUCAUCAAAUGGUAAUAGUAAUUCAAAUGGUAAUAGUAGUGGUAUUAAUAAUUUAACAAGUGGAAAUGGUAGUAAAACAUCAACACCAAUAACAACAACAACAGCUGCUGCAGCAGUAGCAACACCAACGACGACAGCAACAACAGCAACAUCAUCAUCGUCAUCUUCAUCAUCAUCAUCAAAUAAUUAUAAAGAAACAGCUGAUAGAUUAGAUAUGCCACCACCACCAUCACCAGCAUCAAGUACAUGUAGUGAUACUGGUAGUAUAACAACAGCAACUGGUGGUCAUAAACGACAAAAACGUAUGGCACCAAGAAGUGAAGGUGAACCUGAAAGAAAAGAUGAAGAAGAAUGGCAAUUAAAAGAUGUUGUAUUUGUUGAAGAUGUUAAAACAGUACCAAUUGGUAAAGUUGUUAAAGUUGAUGGUCCAUGUGUUGCUGUUAAAUUUUUUGUUAAAGAUAAUAUAACAACAACAACAACAGUAUCAGGAACAACAACAACAACAUCAUCAUCAUUAACAACAACAACAACAACAAAAGAUAAAGAUAAUUUAUUAUUAUCAUCAUCAUCAUCAUCAUUAAUGACAUCUGAUAUUAAAGAAACAACAACAAAUGACGAAGCUAAAAUACUUGCUGAUUGUAGAUUAUUGAGAAAAGAUGAUUUACAAGUUGUUAAAACAUCAGUUAAUACACGUGCACCAGAUUGUUUUCAACGUACACCAAGACGUGUUAAUAUUGCUGAUGGUACUAGUGAAUUAUUAUUAACAGUAUCAACUGAUGGACAAGGUAUACAUGCUGUUAUUAAAAAUAAUGCAAAUAAAUUAAAUUAUGUUGUUUAUAAUUUAAGUACUGGUAGAUAUGUACAAGAUUGUUUUUUACCAUCAGAUAUAACAUCAUUUAUGGGUAUUGAUACACAAAAUAUUAGUUUAACAAGUGCUGGUGAAAAUACAGAAUGUUCAAUGAUAUUACGUGAUGGUAAUAAUACAAUAUAUCCAAUAUCAAAAGAUUGUGUUGAAUCAAUACGUGAUCCACAUUGGCUUGAUUUAUUACCAGUAUUAACAAUUGGAUCAUCAACAAUACCAAUACCAAGUUGUUCAAAUUCAAAUAAUCUUAAAUCACAAGUUGCUGUUAUUGCAUUGGUAUUUGAUAAUUUAUUAUUAAUGCCAAAAAUAUUAAGAUGUGAUUAUGAUGGUGUUAAACAAAUAUUAUUUAAUAUUGAACAUGAUAUUAAUAAAUCAUCACAAAUUGGACAAUCAUCAAUAAUACAAGGUAUAUUACAAGAACGUUGUGAUGGUAAUCGUAAUAUUUUACAUACAUGUAUUAGUAUGUGUUCACCAUCAUCAAAUAAAGAUAAUGAACAUGGUGGUAUUGGAGGUAUUGGUGGUAUUGGAGGUAUUGGUGGUGGUGGUAGUGGUGGUAAUAAUAGUGGUGUUGAACGUGAAUUAAUAACAUGUCAAGUUGAUGGUAAUUCAACACCAAUUGAAGAACAAAUACCACCAUUAAGUUGGCCACCAGAAUUAGAUAAUACAUCUGGUGAAGAAGAUAGUUUAUUAAGUAUUGGUGCAGCAAGUUUAUCAAUGAUGAAUAAAAAUAAUUCAUCUAUUGGUAUUGGUAAUAUUGGUAAUAUUGGAAUUGGUAUUGGUAAUUCAACAUCAUCAACAACAGCAUCAACAACAACAACCACAUCAACAACAAUACCAACAACAACAAAUAAUUCAACAAACAAUGUUUAUAUUAGUGAUUCAACUGAACGUCGUAAUAAUGCAUUAUUUAUAUUAAAAUAUAUAUGUGAAAGUCAAUUAUUUCAACCAUAUCUUAAAGAAUUAUUAACAUCAAAAGAUGCACAAGGACAAACACCAUUAAUGCUUGCUGUAUCAGUACGUGCAUAUCAUGCUGCAUUAAUAAUACUUGAUACAAUUCAACGUAUUGGUAAAGGUGAUAAUAAAGAAUGUACAUCAAUGAUAUUACCAACAGAUGCAAGUCCAGAUUUAUCACCAUUAUUUGUAACAUGUUGUAAUGAUACAUGUAGUUUUACAUGGACUGGUGAUGAUCAUAUUAAUCAAGAUAUAUUUGAAUGUCGUACAUGUGGUUUAACUGGUUCAUUAUGUUGUUGUACUGAAUGUGCACGUGUUUGUCAUCGUGGUCAUGAUUGUAAAUUAAAAAAAACAUCACCAACAGCAUAUUGUGAUUGUUGGGAAAAAUGUAAAUGUCGUGCAUUAAUAUCUGGACAUCAAGGUGCACGUUAUGAUUUAUUAUGUCGUCUUGUUACAAAUACUGAUCUUGCAACAAAAAUUAAUUCACGUGGUGAAAGUAUAUUAUUAUUUUUAGUACAAACAGUUGGUAGACAAUCUGUUGAACAACGUCAAUUUCGUUCAACACCAAGACAAAGAUCAACAUCAACAAGUCGUAAAACACCAACAUCUGAUGGUAUUGGUAUUAAUUCAUAUAUGCCUGAACAUGAUCUUGAACCACCACGUUUUAGUAGACGUGCAUUAGAAAGAUUGCUAAAUGAUUGGCCAGCAGUACAAUGUAUGAUUAUGUCUGGUGUUACUGAUAAUAAAAAUGAUCAAUUAUUUGGUGAUGCAUCAUCAUCAACAGCAACUAAUAAUCAAAAUAAUCAAAAUAAUAAUAGUAAUAAUAACAAUGCAUCAUCAUCAUCAUCAGUUAAACAAAGUGGUACAGCAUUACUUGAUAAAUUUACUCAUACAUUAAUUGUUAAAAGUACAUCUGAAAUGCUUGAUACAUUAUUAACAACAUUAAUACGUGAAUUGCAAAAUGAUACAAUACCUGGACGUCAAGAUGAAGCACAAAUUGUUGCACGUAGAUUUGUUAGAUCAGUUGCUAGAAUAUUUGUUAUAUUUACUAUUGAAAUGGCACCAAAUACAACUAAAAAUCGUACACGUAGUGCAAGUCAAGCAACACCACCAUUAAUUAAAUGUCGUCGUGUAUUUCGUGCAUUAAUAAAAUUAGCUGUUGAAGAAUUAUGUGAAACAGCUGAUUCAUUAAUAGCACCAGUUAGAUUAGGUGUUGCUAGACCAACAGCACCAUUUACAUUAACAAGUUCAGCAAUUGAAGUUAUAAAUGGUUCAGAAGAAUUAUUUUCAAUUGAACCAUUAAUACCACAUAGUGUACAAAAUUUAAAUGUUAAUAUGGAUACAUCAACUGUUAAUCGUCAAGUUGGUCUAUCAUCAUCAUUAAAUAAUAAUAAUAAUGUUAAUAAUAAUAAUAACAAUAAUAAUCAUGAUGGUAUUGUUGCUAGAGAUGAUAGAGAUGUUGCAAUGGAUGAUAGUGAUACUAUUCCAGGUUCAGCAGAUGUUAGUGGUGUUAUUGGUGGUAUUGUUGAUGAUGUUAUUGUUGAUGGUAAUAUUGCUGGUGAACCAAUGGAUCUUGAUAAUGAUGGUGAUAUAACUGAUAAUGAUGUUCCACAAAAUCAACAUCAACAACAACAGCAACAACAAAUUGAAGCUAAUGGUAGAGUUGGUGGUCGUAGAUCUGGUACUGGUGAUGAUGAAUCAGAUGGUGAACUUGAUUUACUUGCUGAGGGUGAAACAGAAUCAGAUUCAGAUGAUAAUCAUAGUAAUCAAGAUGCAGCAUCAGCACAAAGAUCAGUACAAACUGGUGCAACAGCUGGUUCAGAUGGUGGUAUGGGUUCAAUUUUAUUAUUUCCAGAUGAUGAAUCUGGUGAAUCAAGCCAACAAGAAGAUGAUGAAAGUGAAGCUGGUGAAACAGAUGAACAAGAUACUGAAGAAUUUCAAAUUGGUGAUGAAUUAUUAGAAAGACGUAGUGGUACAUCAAGUCAUUUACAUCGUAAUAAUUUAGCACCAGUAUCAAUGCAAUGGGCAAUUAGAAAUCGUGAAACAAAUACACGUACUGCUGGUUUACGUGUUAGUGGUGGUAGUAAUAUGAUAUUUAUUGAUCCAUCAUCAUUACGUAGAUCAACAGCAACAUCAGCUGUUGCUGCUGCUGCUGCUGCAGCACAAGAACCAAUAACAAUGGGAACAACAGCAAGUUGUCUUGCACGUGCAUUUGGUAUUGUUAUUAGAAUGAUUGCUGAUUUAUUAACAAUGAUACCAAAUUAUAAAAAUAAUGCACCAUCAUUACCACGUUUAAUUGAUAUUACAUAUCAAGAUGCAAUUAAUUUACAAAAUUAUUUAGAAGGACAUUUAAAACCAACAUGGAAUUGGUUAUUAAUUGUUAUGGAUGCAACUGAAGCACAAUUAAGAUUUGGUGUAUCAUUAACACAAAGUGCUGAUCCAACACAUCCUGAACAUCCAUUAAAUAGUGCACCAUCAUUGGGUGGUAAUAAUUUUACUGGUUUAUUAAAUUCUGCUGCAUUAUCAGUAACAUUACAAGGUGCUGCUGCUGCUGCUGCAGCUGCAGCAGCUGCUGGACGUAAUCAACGUACAAGUGGUAUUGGUAGUACAUCAAAUAUGUCUAGUGGUAAUCAAUCAUCAACAAGAUUAACUGUUGGUUUUGCUGGUGUUGGUGAUACUAAUAGAAAUAGUGGUGGUAGAGGUGAUCGUGAUAAUAGUGGUGAUGCACAUUGGGCAAGACGUGAAUUUUUAUCAUAUUGUUUAUCAUUAAUGAGAGCACAUAAUGGUGAACACAGAGAUAGUUUACCUGUACUUGAUGUAUCAGCAUUACGACAUGUUGCAUAUGUAUUUGAUGCAUUAGUUUAUUAUAUGAGAUCAUUAAAUGAACCACUUGGUAAUACAAUACGUAAUAGUGAUAUACAUCAACAUCAACAACAACAACAGCACCAACAACAACAGCAACAACAACAGCAACAACAACAGCAGCAACAACAAAAAGAUACAUACGCAGCAUGGAAUGAUCAAGAUGAUAAUGAUAAUGAUGAUAAUGAUGAUGAUAAUAAUAUACAUUCAGCAUCAACAGCUAUGGAAACUGAUGCUGUUGAUUAUCCAGAUUUAUUACAAGUACCAGUAUAUAGUAAUGUUGGUGCUGGUGCUAGUGGUGCUAGUAUUAUUUCUGGUACUGGUAUUGGUAAUAAUAUUGCAACAACAUUAAAUAUACAAAAUUCAACAACUGGUAAAGGAAGAAAACAUCCAUUUUUACAAAGAUCAGAUUCAACAUUGUGUCUUGGUUGUCCACCACUUGAUCCAUUUGAUACAACAGUUAGUGAAGCACUACCACUUGCUGAUCAACCACAUUUAUUACAACCACAUUCACGUCGUGAAGAAUUAUUUGGUGUACCAAGACAAACAUCAUCAACUGGUCCUAAUAAUACAAAUAUUAAUACAAAUCCAUAUGAUUCAUUACCAUCAAGACUUGGUUUAUCAGCACGUAAUUCUGAAAAUUUAACAACAUUUAAUCAAGUUAUACAAGGCUCAACAAUUGGACAAAAUAUUGUUAAUAUACCAUCACCAUCAACAUCAACAUCAACAUCAUCAUCAUCAACAACAACAACAAUAAUAAAUAAUCAACAACAACAACAACAGCCAGGUUGUAGUAAAAAUAAUGAUAAACAAAAAUUAAAUGAUAAUCAAAUUGAAGUUAUACCUGAACAACAUAUUGAUAGAGCACCAAUUAUUGUAUCACCACCAAAUAAUCAAAAUGAAACAAUAACAACUGUUGCAAUGGUUAAUGCACCAAUGAAUAAUAAUAGUAAUUCAACAUCACCAAGAUUACAACCACCAACAUCACCAUCAAUAAAUACCAAGAAUAAAGAACAACAACAACAAAAAAUAAAUUUUACAAUCAACAGUGGUAGUAGUACUAGUGCUAGUGCUAGUGUUGGUGCUAGUGCUAGUAGUAACAGUUGUAAUAAUAGUAAUAAUAAUAAUAAUAAUAAUAAUAGUGGUAGUAGUAGUAGUACUAGUAGUAGCAGCAGUAGUAGUAAUAGUAAUAAUAGUAAUAAUAUUAAUAAUAUUAAUAAUAGUAAUAAUAGUGGUAGUAGUUGUGUAAACAAUACAAGUGGUGGUAGAAGUGUUAUUGUAAGAGCUGGCACUGUAACAGAUACAGUAACAACAAUAAAUAAUAAAAUAAUUGGUGGACCACCAGAAGUAUUAGUUAUACCAACACUUGAUACACAAAAUGGUAAUGAAGAAGUUGAUCCAGCAACAACUAGUCAAGAAAUAUCAGCACAUGAAACAGUUGAAACAAGUCCAAUUGAAAUACAACGUACUAAUAAUAUUAUAAAUAAUAAUAUUAGUACAAAUAUAUCACAUAAUAUAUUACUUGGAAGAUGGAGAUUAUCAUUGGAUUUAUUUGGUCGUGUAUUUAUGGAAGAUGUUGGUCUUGAAGCUGGUUCAAUUGUAUCUGAACUUGGUGGUUUUCCAGUUAAAGAAGCAAAAUUUAGACGUGAUAUGGAAAAAUUACGUAAUUCACAACAAAAAGAUAUAACAUUAUUAAAAGUUGAACGUGAUAGAACACAAUUACUUGUUCAAACAAUGAAAGAAUUAAAUACACAAUAUAAUCUUUAUAAUCGUAGAGCAUCAAAUACACCACCAUUAGCUGUUAAUCGUGUUAAAGUUACAUUUAAAGAUGAACCUGGUGAAGGUUCUGGUGUUGUUAGAAGUUUUUAUACAGCAAUUGCUGAAGCUUUACUUGCUAAUGAUAAAUUACCAAAUCUUGAAGCAGCACAAGUUGGAUCAAAAUAUUCACAAUAUAAUGUAUUACAAAAAUUAAAAAAUCGUGAUAGAGAUCGUGAUUUACGUAGACAAAAUCCAAGAUCAUCAGCUAAAUAUCGUGAAGCAAGAAGAACAUUAUCAUUUGAAGCACGUUCAUUUCAUCCAUCAACAGCAUUAGUUGAAAUUGCAAGUGGUUCUGGUAGUGCUAAUAAUCCUGGUGGUAGUGGUAGCGGUGUUGGUCUUGGUAUUGGUAUUGGUGGUUCAACAUCAUCACCAUCAUCAUCAUCAGCAACAACAACAACAACAAAUCAAAGUGGUAAUACUGGUUCUGGUAAUAAUUCUGCAUCAAGUAGUGGAUUAGCAACAACAGCAGCAGUAGCAGCAUCUUCAUCAUCAUCAUCAUCGUCAUCAUUAAAUAGUAGUCAUAUUGUACCAGGUUCUGGUGGUAAUAUUGCUGUUAAUAUUUCAACACAUAAUAUUGGAGGAAGUAGUAGUAGUGGAGGUGCAGGAAAUAAUGCUCCAAAUGUAUCACACAUAUUAUCAAAUAAUGAGCAUUUAACAUCACAUCAACAAACACUUGGUGAUAGAAUAUAUCCAAAAGUACAUGCAUUAAAACCUGGUUUUUCUGAAAAAAUAACUGGUAUGUUACUUGAAUUAUCACCAGCACAAUUAUUAAUGUUAUUAGCAUCUGAAGAAGCAUUACAACAAAAAGUUGAUGAAGCAUAUGAAUUAUUACACAGUCAUAUACAUGACAUGACUAAUGAAGCAUUACUUGAUUUAGAUGUAUUCAGUUUAACUGAACGUGGAAAUAAUAGUAAUAGUGGUGUUGGUGGUAGUGGUACUAGUGGUGGUAGUGGUAAUAAAAAGAAAAUUGAUAAUACAAUGAUUUAUGAUACUGAAGAUAAUGCACCAUUAUUUUAUGCACCAGGUAAACGUGGUUUUUAUACACCAAGACAAGGACGUGCUAGUUAUGAAAGAAUAAAUGCAUUUAGAAAUGUUGGAAGAUUAAUAGGAUUAUGUUUAUUACAAAAUGAAUUAUGUCCAAUAUUUUUAAAUCGUCAUGUUAUUAAAUAUAUAUUAACAAGACAAAUACGUUUUCAUGAUCUUGCAUUUUUCGAUUCAGUUAUAUAUGAAAGUCUUCGACAAUUGGUUAUUGAUGCUGAAACAAAAGACAGUAAUAGUUUAUUUUCAGCUCUUGAUUUAACAUUUAGUAUUGAUUUAUGCCCUGAAGAAGGUGGUGGAUCAAUUGAAUUAAUACCAAAUGGACGUGAUAUUGAAGUAACAUCAACAAAUGUUUAUGAUUAUGUUAGAAGAUAUGCUGAAAUAAGAAUGAUUAAAGUACAAGAAAAAGCACUUGAAGCUAUGAGAGAAGGUGUAUUUGAUGUAUUACCAGAAGGUGCACUUGAUGGACUUACAUCAGAAGAUCUUAGAUUACUUCUUAAUGGAGUUGGUGAUAUUAAUGUAUCAAUGCUUAUAUCUUAUACAUCAUUUAAUGAUGAAUCUGGUGAAUCAAUGGAAAGACUUGUUAAAUUUAAACGAUGGUUAUGGUCUAUUGUUGAAAAAAUGACUCAUGUUGAACGACAAGAUUUGGUUUAUUUCUGGACUGGAUCACCAGCACUGCCAGCAAGUGAAGAUGGUUUUCAACCAAUGCCAACAGUUACAAUAAGACCAGCUGAUGACGCUCAUUUACCAACAGCAAACACGUGUAUUUCACGUUUAUACGUUCCAUUGUACAGCUCUCGUCACGUAUUGCGUCACAAACUUUUACUUGCUAUUAAAACUAAAAAUUUUGGAUUUGUAUGAAGUGUAGUAAUUAACUAAAAAAAAAAUCAAUUAUAAAUUAUCAAUUUCUUAUUAUUCGUGAUUUAAUAUUUGCGUGUUUUUCAUGCAAUCAGGCAUAUGCCUUGUGCCCCAAUUAAUCAUAAGAUUAAGAGAUAAAAUAAAAUUAAAAAAAAGUUAUAGAUUGUUAUUUUUUUCUUCUUUUUUUUUUUUUUUUUUUCCUUUUUUUUUUUUUAGAUAAAAAAAAAAAAAAAAAAAUAUACAAAAAAAAGUAAUAAAUGAAAAAAAAAAACAAAAAAAAAACAAUAAAUUUGUAACAUUUAUAAAUUUAUAUAAUGUAAUUAUGGAGUAUUUUUGACUUGAAAAAAGAAAAAAAAAAAAAAAUAAUCUUUUUUUUUUUUGUUGUUUAUUAUUAUUAAUUAUUAUUAUUAUUAUUAUUAUUAUUUCUUUUUUGCUUUAUACUUGAUCAUCAAAUUAUGAUAAGAUUUUAUGUUAAUGUGUCAUAUUUAGACUUUAUAUAGUAACUACAAAUAAAAAAUAAAAUGAAUAAUAAAACAAAAAAAAAAAAAAAAAAA